UGGAUAAUCUCGCGAGACUAGCCAGCUAACAGGGGACGUUAGCUCCGCAGGUUCAUCGGAGCGUCUGAAUUUGGCCACAAAGCAAAUUGAGUCGAUGCUAUUUUUAAAAACAGAAGACGGAGAUGACGAUGUAGUCGUUGGCUGCUUGUUCUCAUUCAUUCCCGCGUGUUAACUCCGUGCGUGCGUUUUGUUUUGUUUCGCGUUAUUCUCUGUUUGCAUCGCCGCACCCAUCGUAUUCAGUUUCCAUUGUGGGCUAGCUUAGCUCGAGAACUGCUGGCGGCUAACGCUGGCUGCGGAGCCGGGCAGCAGGUGUAACGGUAUUUGAACGCAACACGGUCGCCAGCUAAAACAACACGCGUAGCUCAACCCUCGGAUUUAACUCACAUUAGCUGUUAUUGCUAAUUCAGACGAGCUCUCGUUUUUUGAAUCCACCAGACUUGUAGCGCAGUUAUUACAGAACCGGGCAGCGCGCACGACAGGUGAUCAUGACGGGCGAGAAGAUCCGCGCCCUGCGCAAGGACCACAACAACAAGCCCAACAAGAACGAGGAGAGGAGGGACGCGCACGACGAAACCUCACACGACACCAUCCCCAACGGCACCAGCAACCUGUUCAAGUCCAACCGGGCUUUCCAGAAGUCCGUGAAGUCCUCCGCGCUGCAGCAGCAGCUCAAUGCGAACAACCUCAACGGCAACGUGUCGCCCGGCGGCACCGUGGUCAACGACAACAACAAGAACCCCAUCAUCCUCACCAAAGAGGAGCUGGAGUUCCCUGUGCACGAGUGCGUGUUCAAGGCGGACGUGCGUCGACUCUCCUCUCUCAUCCGGACCCACAGCAUCUCUCAGAAGGACGUGCACGGGAACACACCUCUGCACCUGGCUCUGAUGCUGGGCCACAAAGAGUGUGCCCUCCUGCUGCUGGCCCACAAUGCACCUGUAAAGAUAAAGAACGCACAGGGAUGGAGUCCUCUGGCAGAAGCCAUCAGCUAUGGUGACAGGCAAAUGAUCACUGCAAUACUGCGCAAGUUGAAACAGCAGUCCAGGGAGACUGUGGAGGACAAGAGGCCGAAACUACUGAAAGCCCUGAGGGAGCUUGGAGACUUUUAUCUGGAGCUGCACUGGGAUUUUCAGAGCUGGGUGCCUCUGUUGUCCCGGAUGCUGCCGUCUGAUGCUUGUAAAAUCUACAAGCAGGGCAUCAACAUAAGACUCGACACCACUCUCAUCGACUUCAACGAUAUGAAAUGUCAGCGUGGAGAUCUUAGCUUCAUCUUCAACGGCGACGCGGCCCCCGCCCAGUCCUUUGUGGUUCUGGACAACGAGGCCAAAGUGUACCAAAGAAUACACCACGAGGAGUCGGAGAUGGAGACUGAAGAAGAGGUGGACAUUCUGAUGAGCAGCGACGUCUACUCAGCGACUCUGUCAACCAAGUCCAUCAGUUUCUCCCGCAGUCAGAUUGGCUGGCUCUUCAGGGAGGAUAAAACGGAGAGAGUUGGAAACUUCGAAGCCGACUUCUAUUCGGUAAACGGUCUGGUGCUGGAGUCCAGGAAGCGGCGGGAGCACCUCAGUGAGGAGGACAUCCUGAGGAACAAAGCCAUCAUGGAGAGCUUAAGUAAAGGAGGUAGCAUCAGUGAACAGAACUUUGAGCCUGCGAGGAGGCAGUCGCUCACAGCUCCAGCCCCAAACACUCUUUCCUGGGAAGAGUACAUCACAGCAGAGCACGGAAAGCCACCUCAUCUUGGGAGAGAGCUUAUGUGCAAGGAAAGCAAGAAGAACUUCAAAGCUUCUGUAGCCAUGAGCCAGGAAUUCCCUCUGGGCAUCGAGUCGUUACUAAACGUGUUGGAGGUCAUCGCCCCGUUCAAGCACUUCAACAAACUCCGAGAGUUUGUUCAGAUGAAACUUCCGCCUGGGUUUCCAGUCAAACUUGACAUCCCCGUCUUCCCCACGAUCACAGCCACUGUCACCUUUCAGGAAUUUCGCUACGACAAAUUCGAAGAGUCAAUCUUCACUAUCCCCACUCAGUUCAAGGAGGAUCCCAGUCGCUUCCCAGACCUCUGACCAGUACAGCCCCACUGACACGAACAGGAAGUGACCAGCGAGUAAAUAUGUUUGAAGGAAGUGGGAAACACAAAAAGAGGGAUUCCUGUGUUGUUGAGCUGGUCUUAUUGUUAAGUUACUGUCAUCUGCUACUUAGUCAUUUUUUGUCGAUGGAUCCAAAGCAAACCGAUGCAAGCAGAUGUUGCAGAGCGCCGUCUCACGUGUGAUUCAAAAAGGCGUAACAGCGGUCGUUCUAGCUUUCAUUGUACUCGCUGUUCCAUCUGCUGCUCAGCGCCGCUGCCGUCUGCUGUGAACAUGGUCAGAGAACCGGACUCCUCAUCGCCAUCACUCCAACAUCUAGUGUAGCUCAUGUUUCAUAUCCACGGACUCAAUUCUCAUUUAUGACACUGCACUGACACGGUCAUCUGUAAAUACUACACGCCUCAUCAGAGAGAAUCAAAAGUAUAGCUAUAACCUCAAACUGAGCUUAAUAUUGAUUUAAAUAAUAUGGAUUAUACAUACGAGUGUAUAUAUAUAUAAAAAAAAAAUAGAUAGAUAGAAACUCAAAGGAGUUACACUGUGUAGCAAUACGUUUCCAGUACAUACGAAUGUUUUGAACCAGCUGGGAGAAGGUUUAGCAUUAAAAAAAGAAACCACAUUCUUUACAGUUCAGUAUCCAAGCCUUUUCUCCCUGCGCAGGACGCAACCUCCUGUGUUUUCAGGUUCGCUCAUGUUACCUCUCGGUUGUCUCCAUGUGCGUCGUGUUCGUAUGAAUCCUGUGCUCAAGCGUGAAUGGAUUAUUGUGCUGUAUCAAAAGUUCUUGUGUGUGCGUUUGUGUGCGGGGAGGAAAUCCAGAUGGGAUAUCAGGUCAAACUGUUCUUUGUUUGUUACAGCACUGAUAUUAAGUAUAUUUAAGGCAUGCUAAUGGCUGUGUCGGCCGACUGGAUCACAUGCAUCUUUAAGAUAUAUUCCCUGAUCGUUUCUUAUAUUACCUGCAGACUUCUUGGUAUUUAGAUAAAAGAACAAUUGUAACACUAACACUUUGAAACACCUUUUAGUGCUUAUAAAAUCUCUCCUUGAUGGUCGUCUAUAAUUUAUUUUGUGUUUGUUUGUUUUAAACCCAAGGAGAGUAAACCAAGCUGUGAAGUUGAUAUUGCUGGAUAUCCCAAAAAUGCCCAGAUGGGAAAGAAUCUGAUCCACUGAGUUGUCUCUGGCUUCAGCUAAUAUGUACUGCAACCAUACCUACUUCACUUCCCUUUUAAAUAAAGCACCAGCAUCAUGUUUCAACUGA